AAAAAAAAACCACGCAGAUGUAAACAGAACUUCCCUCUGCUUUUCUGUCCUGUUUGCUAAAUCUUCAUUUCCAGAAAAGAACAGUGGAUCUGAAAUUCUAUUUGGCUGAGUUGGGAAUUACAUGAUCUGAUGAUGAGGCAUUUCCUUUGGAUGUUGUUCUUUCAAGGCUUUUGGUGUUAUGAAAACCCACUGACGAUCAAUCCCAAUUCCUUGGAGGCCUGGACAGGAUCCUGUGUCUUAUUCCCAUGUCAGAUUGAGGAAAGAAUAAAUUCUAGGAAAAUUGUUGCCACCUCUGUGGUUUGGUAUUUUCAGCCUGUUUUGAAUAUGACUGUAUUUGACUAUGUUGGCAGUGUCUUAUAUAAUAAUUCCAGAUUCCCAAAUGAGCACACAUACCUACCAAGUCCCGAUUUUCAGGGGCGAGUGAGGUUUGUUGGGGAUUUAACAAAUGGAAAUUGCAGCUUGAUGAUUACUCAGCUCCAGAAAAAAGACAAUGGCACAUAUGUGAUAAAAGUGACUGCAACUGUGGAAAAUCAACUUAAUCCACAGAUACUUCAUACUUCAGCUACACUGAAAGUUUCUGAGUUGUUUCCAAUUCCCAAAUUGGAAAUCUUGAAAUGUCAAGAAAGAUGGGCCCUGCAGGUGGCUUGUUCUGUGCCUAUGCAUUGCCCAGAAGAGUCAAUAAGAAUGAAUUUCAAAGGCCUAGAGAAGUAUUUGACUGCAGAAAUUAUGAUGACGGACAAUGGAAUACUGCGGAAGAUAGCCACCAUUCAACCAAUUGCGAGACCUCGGAGGAAAGCAAUCACUUGCCAAUUGAGCAACAAGGACAUGUCACAGAAAUCAUCCAUCACUCAGGAGCUAGACAUGAAAAAUUGUCCCAAUGAUGUCCAGGUUUUUGUUGUGAACAAUCUGCCCAUAAAAGAAGGAGAUAUUGUCACUUUGAACUGCUCUGUGGGUAGCAAUAGCUCUAGUACCAUCUGGUUCAACUGGUGGAUGAGUGAUCUCCAUGUAGCUAAUUAUAAAUACAGCAGUUCACAGCUGUUGACCUUCCCUGCGAGGUUUGGACCAGUGGCAUCUUACAAAUGUGAAGCAUGCAAUACGUAUGGCUGCACUUCAUCUCCACUGCUCACUGCGGAUAUCUUCUUUGCUCCCAGGAAAGUCAGAAUUCAGAAAGAUCCAAGAGGCCAGAUUGAUGAAGGCAUGAAUGUUGUGUUGCAUUGCGAUGUGGGUGAAGCAAAUCCCACAAAUCUCUCUUAUACGUGGUAUAAAGAUGGGGAAAUGAUUUUAUGGAAUUCUCCCCAUGCACACUUGAACCUUACAAACAUAGAUCCAGCACAAUCUGGCAGAUACUGGUGUGAAGCCAGUAAUAGUAUGGGCAAGACACCUUCUCCAUCAAUCGCACUUCACAUUAUCUGUUUCCAUUGUGAUGAAAAUCCAAUAAGCAUAGUCCCUAAAAUUUUGUCUGCUUGGGAAAAAUCCUGCGUGGUGAUUCCGUGCCAUAUUAACCAGAUGCUCAGUUCUGGAACAGUCAAUGUCACAGGCAUAGUGUGGAAUUUUAAGCCUUUGGGAAAGCAUACCUGGAGCGAGGGGGAAACUAUCCUGUUGUAUAACAGUUCUCAAACCUCUGGAACCAUCACAACUGUAUCUGAGGAUGCUUUACCAAGCCGGACAUGGUUCAUUGGGAAUUUAACAAAUAGAGAUUGCAGUUUGUUGAUCAGUCCAGUGCGAACACUUGACAGUGGCAUAUAUAAAGUAAAGACGACUGUUUCCGUUGACAAAUACCCAUGGCAAUUCAAGCGGUCCCUUAGUGCUUCACUGAAUGUUACAGAGUCACCCCCACAGCCCAUUCUGAAAAUUGUUCCUGUGAACACCCAGGAGAAGAAGAUAACCAAAGUGAUAUGUGCGGUACCUUACCAUUGCCCUCACAAGCUAGUAAACUUGACUUUGAAUGGUUUAGAAGAGGAACGUUUUCUGCAACAAAAAAGGAAGGUUGGAAGUGGAGUGAUUCUGACUUCCCUGAGCUUUGAACCAACGUGGGAGGACGAUGGGAAAAUGCUGAGCUGUUUGUUCAAGUCAGGGGCAGAAGUGUUAUCUCAGAACACUGUGAAGUUGGACGUGAAAUAUGCUCCCAAAGAUGUCCAGCUUGAUAUUUUAAAUGAUCUUCCCAUUAAGGAAGGAGAUACCAUCAUGAUGAAUUGCUCUUUUGGCCGUAGUAAGCCAAAUGAUAAUUGGUUCAACUGGUUUAAGUCAGAUCCCUCUACCAUUGAAUAUAAAUACAGUGGUCCAAAUUUAAUGACCUACUCUGCAACAUCUGGACCUUACAACACAUCUUAUGAAUGUGAAGUAUGCAACAGGGCUGGCUGCACUGCAUCUCCAGUAGUCACCUUGGAGGUCUUCUCUGCUCCCAAGGAGGUGAAAAUUCUGCAAAAGCCAGAAGGGCACGUCCACGAAUUUGCCUCGGUGAAUCUGAAAUGUGAAGUAGAAAUAGCAAAGCCCAUGGACCUGACUUUCAAAUGGUAUAAAAAUGAAGAACUGCUGGAUUUUACAACCCAUAUCCUGAAAAUCUCACAAAUAAAUCCCAGCCAUUCGGGCACCUAUCACUGUGAAGCUGAAAACAGGGUGGGCAGAUCCCGCUCCCCACCUAUUACACUGCAUGUACUUGGAGUCUCCUUACCUAAUGUGAAACAGCUGAUCUGCAGGAGUGCUCCUGCCGCCAGCUCCAAGAGCACGGCCGCGUUAGGCAAGGAGGCUCCUAAAGUGGAUGCAGAUCAGCUAUUUUAUGUUAGCGAGGAAGGGAUACUUCAGGAGCAAGUCACCUUCCAGAACCUCGAUCUUGCAAAACCCAGUAUGAUCUACAAGUGCUUGGGAGGGAUCUUGUGUGAUCAUUUCAUGCAAAUCGAAGAGGAGUAUGAAAGUCGAUCUAUCAACCAGGUGUCCUUUGCUUGGUAUUUUAACCCUUCAUAUGAUAACAACAUAGGAGAUUACAGUGGAAAGCUCUUAUAUAAUAACAACCAGACAAUAACUGAAGUCAGUUCGGAGUUUCAUAAUCGAGUGACAUUUGUGGGUGAUUUAGGACGCAAAAACUGCAGUUUGAAAAUUUCCCAGCUCCACCAAAAUGAUACAGGCAUUUAUGGGAUCAGACUUUUUUGGAAAUCUGGAAGCUUGCCUGAGCAAAAGAAAUGGUUAUCUAAAGUUAAUAUUAGAGUUCAUGAAACCCCUUUACAACUGAUAGAUACGUGGUCCCCACAAAUGAAAGAAGGCAGCAAGUAUAGAGUGGAAUGUUCAAUACCUUAUCAUUGCUUUGCUGAGCCCAUAAAAUUGUCUAUCGAAGGACUAGAAGAUCAUCACGAGUUCUCCCCAGAAAUGACCACUGAAACCCAGAGAGUAAAGGUUGAAGGGCUUUUCACGGCCACAUCGGAGGACCAUGAGAAACAAUUGACAUGCUUGCUAAAACCCCACAAAGGGACAGAAAUAAGGAAAAAGUUUGCAAAUCUGAUGGUGAAAUAUGGUCCCAAAGAAGUUAAACUGAAUGCUGACCAUGAAGGCACACUCAGAGAGGGAAACAAACUUACUCUGGAAUGUAUAGUUGGCAGCAGUAAUCCUCCUGUGCGCUCUUUUCUGUGGUUUAAGAAUGGUAAAAGUUGGAGUAGUGCGCAAUGGGAUGCCAGAAGAGAAUUUCAUAGUUUAAAAGACACAGAUUCUGGCAAAUACAGGUGUCAAGUUGAUAACGGCAUUGGAAGUAUCAGUUCUAAAGAUCUGAACAUCGACGUCCAGUAUCUGCCAAAAGUCAGCAUUAAUGUAAUGCCGCGACUACCCAUCCAAGAAAAUGCUGAAGUGGUUUUGAAAUGUUCAGCCAUUGGCAACCCUCCCGUCAGCAGUUAUGAAUGGUAUAAAAGCAGCACAUCUGGUGUUAUCAUGGCUGGAGAGGAACUGCGAUUUGAGGGAAUUCAACCCAGCAAUUCUGAUACCUAUCGUUGUGUGGCCCGCAACAAGAUUGGCCAUUCAAAUCGCUCUGUCACACUGAAUGUUAAUUAUCGCCCCAAGAAUGUCCAACUUUUUCCUUUAAAUCAUUUGCCCAUCAAGGAAGGAGACGAAGUCAUGUUGAACUGUACUGUGGGCAGUAGCUACCCCAGCAUCAAUAAUUACAAUUUUUUUAGGUCAACCAGCUUCAUGCCCACAAGUCGCUACUCGUCAUUGACAUUUUUCGCAGUACCUGAACUCUCCGCGUCUUACCGUUGUGAAGCAUGUAAUAAUCUUGGCUGCACUUCCUCCCCAAGCAUCCUUUUGGAUGUCCUCUAUGGCCCCAAGGACCUCAAGCUCAACCGAGAACCUUCGGGAUUGGUCCUCGAAGGUGAUCCUGUUCGCCUGACUUGUAGUGUGGGAAAGGCCAACCCCAAGACACUCAGCUACACCUGGUAUAAAGAUGGAGAACGUCUGCCUCUGAACUCUACAGAAAGUGUUCUAUUCAUCCAGAAUGCCCAGUCAAUGGAUUCUGGCAGAUACCAUUGUGUUUCAAAAAACAUCAUAACAAAUGCGGUGUCUCCAUCUAUUAGGCUGGAAGUGAAUUACGGGCCUCGUAACGUUCAUGUAACUCUAGACAAGAAAUCUGUUACUGAAGGAAUGGAUGUUUAUUUGAAAUGUGAUAAUGAUGCUUACCCAUUAGUGGAUACUUACAAGUGGUAUUGGAAAGGAGAAGAAAUCUUUAUGGAGAAUUCCAAAAUCUUAGUACUCAGGAAAAUUAAGCCUGAGCAGUCAGGAGAAUAUCUUUGCAAAGCAUUCAAUUCUGUCUCUAAUAAGGAAUCACAGCUCCUCACCAUUAGUGUAUCCUACAGCAGAGCCACAAUGAUGAAACUCACCUUGAUUAGCCUUGGCAUAGUUCUUGCCCUUAUUAUCUCACUGGGGUUGCUGGCUUAUGGCUUGAAGAGAUGGAAGAAAGCGACACGUUCAGACAUUGGCAGGACACAGAGGACGGGCUCAUUUUUUGUGAGGAAGGCCAAGCGAGAACUACCACCUAAUAACAACUCCAGACCAAAUGGAGGUAGAACAGAGAGCCCCCUAGACUGCCAGAACGAGGAUCAAGAUGGCACCAUUUCAUAUGCACGACUCCAGUUCGCCCACAGUGGGUUACAGGACCGUACUAUUUAUUCCAGUGUCAUGCAACCAAAUGUGGGACUAGAUUCCUCAGAUAACAGCGCGAUCUACAGUGUAGUAAAUAAACCUGCACUCCACCCCAAGAAUGACACCAAGGUGGAUUAUGAGAAUGUGAUGAAGAAAGAAGAAGAAGAAGAGGAGCUGCACUAUUCUUCCUUGGUGAACCUAGCGCCACGCUCCCGCCCCAUCAACGCUGACUUAGAAACGGAUUCUGAAUCCGAAGGCAGCAUCCAGUAUGCAGCUCUGAAGCACUGAUCUACUCAAGUUUGCAGAGAUCAGGACUCUCCCGCUAGGGAGUGGGAAGGGAUUUAGAGUUAGGUGUAUCUAAAAAGCUUUCUCUUUACAGCCAAAUAUAUCAGAGUUCUGUGGGUAAAAGAAGAAAGAUGAAAUAGGAUACAGGCAGUGGUGGGAUUCAAAUAAUUCAACAACCGGUUCUCUGCCCUAAUGACCAGCUGAGUAAGCGGGGCUCGGUGGUCAUGUGACUGGGUGGGAGUGGCUAACUCAACGGCACUCAAGUCGAUGGGCCCUUCGCCUUAGCUGCAACAAUGUAAGAAGGAGAGGCUGCUUCUGUAAGCAGGGCAAUAAAGAUUAGGCUAGAAGCAACACCAGAAUGUUUCCCUCC